AGGAGCAGGGUCUGAGAUAAAUAAGUUUUUCCGCUUGUCGAACAGAGGGAUAAAGGUGGAACGGAGAGGGAGAAUUCUUUCGAUUUCUCAGUGGAAAACUGUUUUCCGUGUGCUGAGGGCCGGUGGCCGAGUGAUGCACGCAUAUGUCUAGGCUCGGAGGGACUCAGGUUCUGGCUACAGCACAGGUGAAGAGGACGGCCGCUGAUCACACAGCGGUGGUAAACUUCGGUGCUGUAAAACGCAGCAAGCUGUCCGCCGUUGCGGUCACGGAGAUCAACGAAAUUGAAAACAUGACGGAUACGGCUGCAGCCACGACUGAUACUCAGAAGAGGGCCAAUUUUUCGGCAUUAACCGUUGGGAAUCCAAACGGCGUCAACAAGAUUUCACCAAGUUUGGCAAGUGCGAAGCCUGGUACAGCUAGAAAGCUCGUCAUCAAAAACUUCAAAAACAAACCAAAAUUACCAGAAAAUUAUCAAGAGCAAACAUGGGAGAAAUUACAAGAAGCUGUAAUUGCAAUACAAACCAGCAAAAGUAUUCGUUAUUCAUUAGAAGAGCUUUAUCAAGCAGUUGAAAAUAUGUGUAAUCAUAAGAUGGCAUCUACGUUGUAUACAAAACUGGCUAGGUUAACAGAAGCCCAUGUGCAAGCAAAUAUAGAACAGUUUUUAGCAGAAUCAAUGGAUAGGCAUAUAUUCUUAAAAAAAAUGAAUGAGUGUUGGCAGUCACACUGCAGGCAAAUGAUUAUGAUUAGAAGUAUUUUUCUAUAUUUGGAUAGAACAUAUGUAUUACAGAAUCCAAGUAUUUUAUCCAUUUGGGAUAUGGGAUUACAUCUGUUUAGAGUAUAUAUUGUCCUAAAUAACUUAGUUCAAACCCGUACAGUAGAAGGACUACUUAUGCUCAUAGAAAAGGAACGUCAAGGUGAUACAGUGGACAGGACACUUCUUAAAUCAUUGUUAAGAAUGUUAUCAGAUCUACAAAUCUACCAAGAUGCCUUUGAAACUAAGUUUUUGGUAGCUACAGAAAGACUAUAUGCAGCUGAAGGUCAACGACUGAUGAAUGAACAUGACGUUCCUGAGUACUUAGCACAUGUGGAUAAACGACUUCAGGAGGAAAAUGAGCGUUUGUUACAUUAUUUGGAUGCAUCUACAAAAUGGUCACUAAUACACACAGUGGAAAAGCAAUUGUUGUCUGAACAUAUUAGUAGCAUUUUACAGAAAGGAUUAAGUGGUUUACUGGAUGAAAAUAGGAUUAAUGAUUUAUCUUUACUUUAUAAUUUAUAUAUAGUUAUAGAUCCAGAGAAAGAUAAAACUAUGGUUCAAGAACUUUUAGAUUUCAAGGAUAAAAUGGAUAAUAUAGUUAAUACAUGUUUUCAUAAAAAUGAGAAAUUUGCUAAUAGUUUGAAAGAAGCAUUUGAAGCUUUUAUUAAUCAACGAGCAAAUAAACCAGCUGAAUUAAUAGCAAAAUUUGUUGAUUGCAAAUUGAGGACGGGUAAUAAAGAAGCAACGGAAGAAGAAUUAGAAAGAUUAUUAGAUAAAAUUAUGGUAUUAUUCAGAUUUAUACAUGGGAAGGAUGUGUUUGAAGCAUUUUAUAAAAAAGAUUUGGCUAAACGUUUACUAGUUGGUAAGUCAGCUUCAGUUGAUGCUGAAAAAUCCAUGUUAUCUAAAUUGAAACAAGAGUGCGGUGGUGGAUUCACCAGUAAAUUAGAGGGAAUGUUUAAAGACAUGGAACUCAGCAAAGAUAUUAAUAUCGCUUUUAAACAGUAUGCAGGGAAUUUGCAAAGCGAAUUAUCUGCUAGUAAUUUGGAUUUAACUGUUUCAAUACUUACAAUGGGUUAUUGGCCAACAUAUCCUGUAAUGGAAGUAACGUUACCACCAGAAAUGGUUCAGUAUCAAGAUGUAUUCAAUAAAUUCUAUUUGGGAAAGCAUAGUGGUAGGAAAUUACAAUGGCAACCUACUUUAGGACAUUGUGUACUAAAAGCUUGGUUUAAUCAGGGCAAUAAAGAACUUCAAGUUUCAUUAUUUCAAGCAUUGGUUUUGAUUUUAUUUAAUGAUGCUGAUAAUUUAUCCCUGGAAGAUAUAAAGGCAGCAACAAAUAUAGAAGAUGGUGAACUUCGAAGAACCUUACAAUCUUUAGCUUGUGGAAAAGCUAGGGUGUUACAGAAAAAUCCAAGAGGAAGAGAUGUUGCAGAUAAUGAUAGAUUUGUGUUUAAUGCAGACUUCACAAACAAAUUGUUUAGAAUUAAAAUAAAUCAAAUUCAAAUGAAAGAAACGAAUGAAGAACAAAAAGCUACAGAGGAAAGAGUCUACCAAGAUAGACAGUAUCAAAUAGAUGCAGCUAUUGUUAGAAUCAUGAAAAUGAGGAAAACACUCACGCACAAUUUGUUGAUCAGUGAACUAUACAAUCAACUAAAGUUUCCUGUAAAACCUGCUGACUUGAAAAAGCGAAUUGAAUCUCUCAUAGAUAGGGAUUACAUGGAACGAGAUAAAGAUAAUGCAAAUGAGUACAAUUAUGUUGCAUAACCUGAACCAAAUGCCAAAGUCAUUUCAGACUGGGUGGUCACUAUGUUUCGUAGCAAAAGAGUUUGGUGUUUGCCUAUUGUGAAUGUGACAUGUUGAACAAGAAAAAACGAGGAACAUAAAACUGAUUGAAU